AUGCGGCGCCAGCUGCAAACGCUUUUCCAAAGGAAAUUUAAAGUCAGCCUCCUCUUUCUCCUGCUCUUAGUCCUCCUGGUGCAUCUGGCGAUGGAUUUGGCUUUCCCCGCAGCCCGCAGGCCCUGUGGCUGUGAUGUGAGAGCACUGAAAGCCUCAGGUGUCCCCUCAGGCAGCCCUGUGCUGGCCGGCCCCUCCCAGCCGCAGGGAGCGGGGCUGCAGGCAAGGGCUGGAGAGCCGGGGAUCUGGCGCCAGCAUGGAAUGGGGAGUGCGGGGCGGACCGAGGGAUCAAAGCUGGCAGCGCUCUUCAAGCAUCCUCUUUACAACAUCCCAAUCCCGGAGGUGACAGAGAAAGACAAGCUGUUUGUCGUCAACCCCAUGGAGAAGUUCAGCCUGCGCAGCAGCGGGAGUGACGAAUGGGUCAGCAGCAGUAAAGCCGAGACGGUCCUCCCGACAGGGAAGACAGCCUACGACACCUACCCCCCCUGGCUCAAAUUCCAUGUCGGCAUCAACCGCUACGAGCUGUACCCCCGCCAGGACCCCCUGAUGCCCACCCUCCUCCGGGACUUGGCCACACAGAAGAUCGUCAGCUCAGUCCAGAAGUCUGGCGGGACCCAGCUCAAGCUCAUCAUGACAUUCCCGAAUUACGGGCAGGCCCUCUUCAAGCCCAUGAAACAGACCCGGGACCAGGAGACCCCCAUCGACUUCUUCUACUUCUCAGAUUUUGAGCGGCACAACGCGGAGAUUGCAGCCUUCCACCUGGACAGGAUACUGGAUUUCCGGCGAAUCCCCCCAGUUUCUGGCCGUUUGGUCAAUAUAACGAAGGAGAUUCGUGACAUCACCACAGACAAGAAACUGGCCAAGACUUUCUUCAUCUCCCCAGCGGGCAACAUCUGCUUCUACGGGGAGUGCUCCUACUACUGCUCCACCGAGCACGCCCUCUGCGGCAAGCCGGACCGGCUGGAGAGCUCCAUGGCCGCCCUGCUGCCCGACAAGACCUUGGCCCGCCGCUCCUCCUGGCGCAGCCCCUGGCGCCGCUCCUACCACAAGAGCAAGAAGGCUGAGUGGGAGCUGAACCCCAACUACUGCGCUCAGGUGCGAGAGACGCCGCCCUACGACAGGGGCCAUCGCCUCCUCGACCUCAUCGACAUGACGGUCCUCGAUUUCCUUAUGGGCAACAUGGACCGGCAUCACUACGAAACCUUCGAGAAAUUUGGGAACGACACUUUCCUGCUCCACCUAGACAACGGUCGCGGCUUCGGCACGCACUCACGCGACGAACCGUCCAUCCUAACGGCAAUGCCCACAUGA